AUGGACAUGUUGAUGUCGCUCAAAAUGUUCUGCAGUGAAGUAAUUGACUCCUCUUCUGACGACGAGUCUGAACAAACAACACAGAACAUGGCUUCUGAUGCGGCCUCCAUCCCCCACGAGCAGAAUGCUAGCCAAACACCGUUGCACCGGGGCUCUCUGAAGGGCCGCUCAAAAAACAUAUCAAGCAACAGAAUGGAAGGCACCUCUGGCUCCACAAGGACUACAUCGACCGCACCGAUCCGUUGUUCCUGGAAAAAUUGUUCCAUCAGCGCUAUUUGCAUGCCAUCGUAUGGAAUGGCUGCUGAUAUAUUCGAUGAGUAUCUUCGAAUUGGUGAGACUACCUGCCUUGAAACCAUGUACCGGCUUUGCCAACCCGUGAUUGACGUGUUCGGAGAAUAUUACUUGAGGGAGCCAACAGUUGAGGACACAAGGCGGUUUUUGUCUAUCAACAAAUCUAGAGGGUUCUCGGACAUGAUUGGCAACAUAUAUUACAUGCAGUGGGAGUGGCAGAACUGUCCAUUUCGAUGGCAGGGUCAGUACAACAUCCAAGUGAAGGGAUGCACUGUCAUUCUUGAUGCAAACAUGAUCAUUGAGGACGGGCAUCCUGAUGGCCGCAAUGAGCAACUAUGGGAUUUCCAGGGUGAGCUGGUUGUGCCAAUCCUGGGGCAUCAACCUGGCAGCAAUAUCUGCAUAUGA